ACAUUCGUAGCGUUCACACUCUAGUCUUGCCGCUUGCGAUCUAGUCUCUUAUCUUAACUUCGCAAAAUUUAAUUUAACGUUCUUUACACCGCAGUCUGCAUUACUUUAUCUUAAUAUGUGUGCAUAAGAUAACCGUGUACGUCGCGUUUCUUAUUAUUUAAAUAGUAAAUUGUAUUGCAAUACAGAGAACAAAAUGACAUCAGGAAACACAUCUGGCAUGCAGUCUAGAUUGAAAAAAUGAACGUACUUAUUAUAUUGGACACGAUUAAUAAAGGUGUACAUUUGUCCGGGGCUGCGUUAUUUUCAUAUGGACUGUAUUAUUACUAUACGUUUGUUAAUAUUCCUGCCCACCUAAACCCUCUUGAUGAGGCUUUCGGAGGAAAGUUCAAAUACUUAACUUUUUGUGACUUGGCGAUCCAAACAUUGUACCAUAUGAUGGCCGUAUUAAUUGACCAACUCGCAUCCAAAACGUGUUCCGAUGGAACAUUGAAAAUUUUGAACCGAUGCAAAAAUAUUUAUUUUACUGCUUUAGCCUUUCCUCUUUCGAUGUUUGUUGCCGUCAGUUUUUGGCCAAUGUGGUUGACUGACCAAACCCUCGUUAUGCCAAAGUAUUAUGAUUUGUAUUUUCCAGUUUGGCUAAACCAUGUAUCACAUGCUCAUAUUUUUCUCUUUGCAUUGUUGGAAAUUAUUACUGCCUAUAAAAAAUAUCCAAGCAGAGCAGCGGGGCUGACUAUAUAUCUAAGUUUCCAAGCGUGUUAUUUAUUUUGGAUUAAUUUUAUAUUUUAUAAAACUGGAUUAUGGGUUUAUCCGAUACUGGAGAGAUUGAAUUUAAUAACGAGAGUGUUAUUCUUCGUUGCAAAUUUUAUUUAUGCACCAUUUACAUAUUUAGCUGGUGAAUAUAUAAAUAACUGGUAUUGGAGUGUAUCUAAAUACUCAAAGUCAUCAAAACAUAUAGAUUAAUAAACUAUACAAUUGUUUUUUUUAUAAAAAUUAAUUUUCAUUUUUAUUCGUAUUAGUUUAUAAUGAUAAAAAAAACAUAUUGUACAUGUUAUGUUAUUGACAUUUUUUUUUUUUGCACGGGUCAAAUGUUAUAGUUUUAUAUUUAAAAUAUAUCAUGAUAUAUAAACUACAAUGAUAUUUGUUUUUUUAACCAAUGUAUUAUAUAAAAACAAUUACCCUUAAUAAUUAUGUGAAGCCACUAAAAAAGCCAAAAAUAAUAUCAAGAAAAGUUAUUAGUGAUUUAUUGAGUAAACAUUUUUUUACAUCACACGUAUUUUUUAAUAUUUAACUAUUAUUAUUUUUUAAUUUUAUGAGUGAGUAAUGAUUUUUGGCCGGAACACUAUCCGGAUCUUUGCUUUUUAGUGACGUACUUUUACGCUGACCUACAUUUCAAAGCUGUAACCACGGUAUUACCUUGACACCUUACAAAUUAUAUUUCUUAUUAAUUCAAAUAAUUUGGCUCAAUAAAAUGAACCUGGGCAGGCAGUAUUUGUGAUGUUGUUUAAAAACAUAUUUGUAGAUAUUUGAGUUAUUAUAUUCCAAAGUU